AGAGCCUGGACCACCGGGCAUGGACCAAGGUCCGUUGCCGAGUCUCCGCCCUGAGGUCCUCUCCACUCUUUCAGUGUUUGCAGAUGUACCUGUGGGCCACAAGCUGGAGAGCAGAUUACUAACGGCCUACAAACAGGACAGAGACCCUGCCAAGAUACUGCUGGUCUAUAGAGUCUGCAUGACCGAUGAAAACCUCCCCUGGAUUUCCCCCGUGGUGCACAAGAUCUGCCUCCAGACCGUGCAGGACCCGUCGCUGAUCUAUGAGUACCUGCCAGACCCGGGCCUGAAGUCGUUCAUCCAGGCCUCCUUGGAGCUGCUCUUCGGCAAGCACAGCCCGGCCAUCGUGGAGAACAGGGCAGGGGGCGUGCACACCAUAGGUGAGAGCGGGGCCUUCCGGCUCGCGGCCCAGUUCUUCCGGCUGUGGCACAGGGACGCGAGCACAGUUUGCAUCGUCUCCUGUCAAAAAGAAAGUCACGGACUCGUCUUCCAGGACAUGGGCUUUGAAGUUUGUGAAUACUGCAUCUGGGACCCCAAGAAGAGGCGCAUGGACUCCAACGUGAUCCUCAAAGUGGCCGAGCAGAUGCCGAGUGGCUGCAUCCUUGUGAUCGGGAACCCUAUUGACUGUAGGCUGACACAAUCUCAGUGGGCAAAGCUGAUGUCCAUCAUGAAGAGCAAGCAGAUAUUCCCCUUUUUUGACAUCCCCUGUCAAGGUUUGUCCACUGGUGACCCUGAAGAAGAUGCUGGAGUCCUGCGAUACUUUGUAUCCUCGGGCUUUGAGUUCUUCUGCAGCCAGUUUCUGUCCAGGAAUUUUGGCGUCUAUGAUGAAGUUGUGGGCAUCCUAGUGGUGGUGGCACGCAACAAUGAGCAGCUGCUUUGCGUCCUGUCCCAGUUGUUGAGCUAUGCCCAGGCCCUGUGGCUGAACCCUCCUUCCAGGGGCUCCCGUAUCAUCACCACCAUCCUCUGUAACCCCACGCUGCAGGAGGAGUGGAACCUGAGCCUAAAAGUGGCUGUUGAGAACAUGAUGCUGAUCAAGGAAAAGGUGAAGGAGAAGCUGCGGCUUCUGGGAACGCCUGGGUCCUGGAACCACAUCACCGAGCAGAUGGGGACCCAUGGUUAUCUUGGACUCAACUACCAACAGGUACAAUACUUGAUCAAGAAGAAGCACAUCUACAUUCCCAGGAACGGUUAUAUUAACUUCACCUGUAUCAAUGCCAGCAACAUAGAUUAUAUCACCCAGAGCAUCAGUGAGGCUGUCCUCUUCACAAAGGACUCAGAGAAGUAGCUUCUGAAAAGAAAUGACCCCUAAUGGGAAUAAAAAGCUUUAGUCUUUGCAAAAA